AUUUGCACUAAAAACACUAAAACAGUUUGGUUUUGGAAAUAAUUCAAUGGAAAAUGUACUGCAACACGAUGCAAUUACAUUAACAAAUAUUAUUAUUCAAUUAACAGAAAAGGGAACAAUUACAAAUAUUCGAUCCAUCAUUUCAGCAGCUGUUUUGUGCAAUUUGUGGCUUCUCAUAGAUGGUACAAAAUACGAUGUAGGAACGGAAAGUACAAAUUUAAAGGAAGCAAUACAUAUAUUAAAAGAUCUUGUUAGAAAUGCGAAUGUUUCUGGUGGAAUUUUAAACCAAUUCCCCUUUCUCAGAUACAUAUUUCCAAAUUUAACAGGAUAUUCGAUGUUUGUAGAACGGCAAAAUCGUAUAAAUAAUUUUUUUAUGGAGGUAAUAUCAAAACAUAAACGAGAUAAAAUAAAUGGAGAAUGUGCAAAUUUUAUAGAUGUUUAUUUACAACAAAUAGAAGCACAGAAGAUGAAUUCAUCUCACUCUUUCUUUAAUGAAAAUCAGUUAUUAUAUGUAAUAAAAGACUUAUUUAGUGCUGGUGUUGAUACUACUGAUAAUACUAUCGGUUUUGUAAUAGCAUUUCUCGUAGUUUAUCAAGAUGUACAAGCUAAAGUGUAUGAUGAAAUCAAUAGAGUGAUAGGCAAAGAUGCAUAUCCCUCUCUUAGUGAUAAAGAUAGAUUACCAUAUUUAAAAGCAGUUUUGGCAGAAGUAUCAAGACUAGCCAAUAUUGGUCCAACUUCCAUUCCGCACCGAGCAAUAAUGGAUUCCAAUUUGCUAGGUUUUGAAAUAAAAAAAAAUUAUACUUUGUUAGCUAAUCUGAAGAGUGUUCACAUGGACAAAGAGCAUUGGGGAGAUCCGGAAGUAUUUCGACCAGAAAGAUUUAUCGAUGAGAAUGGAGAAUUUAUUAAUGAUUCUUGGCUUAUACCUUUUGGUUUAGGUCGCAGAAAAUGUUUGGGUGAAACUUUAGCGAAAAAUACAGUUUUUCUUUUUGUGGUAUGCUUAAUGCAAAAGCUUCAUUUCCUGUUGCCAUCAAAUCAUCCAAUGCCUUGUCUGCAAGGUGUUGAUGGAUUUGUAAUUGCACCACCUGUGAUGGAUAUUAUUGCUGUUCAAAGA